AUGAAGCGGCGGGGGUCUUUGAAUAGAGAAGCUCCAGCACCCUCUGCUCUGAAACGAAAGCUGGUCCGCGCCCUGCAGGAUGCCUGGAAACCUCAGAUCAGGUACAGAACGCUGCAUGAAGGCAGAGCCGUCACUACUCUGCGUGUUCUCUUCCCCGUCACCUUCCACCACUCCAUCAUGAUGUCUGCUGUGUGGGUGGUGUUGGUCUGUGCGGUACUCUGCAGAAGACUGACCGGCAUAGGUGCAGCACCCAUCUGCACCAAUGCCCAGGCUGGGUGCCAUACCCUCUCCCUGGCCAAUCUGUUUGACCGGGUCAUCCAACACUCGGCCAGGAUGCACGGCAUUUCAAAUGACCUCCACUCCGAGUUUGAGCAGUACUUCCUGCCCAGUAAGAAUCAGAUUGGCCGGGUCAGUCGCAACUGUCACACUUCCACCAUCCUCACCCCAAAUGGCAAGGAGAACGCUCAGAGAAUGGCCAGGGAGGAGCUGACGGAGGUGAUCCUGAAGCUCCUGAUGGCGUGGAGGGAUCCUCUGUGGCAUUUCCACCAGAGCAUGGCUCACCACCACGACUUCAACAACUUCAGCUCCAACAAAGCCCUGGAGAUGAGCGACAUGGUGCACGAGCUGCGCAAAGGGGUGGAGAAAGUGGCCGAGAAGAUGCAGAUGUUGGGGAUAAUAAGUAACUCCGUCAGCAGCCAGGCUUCCCCCGAGGCUUCCCUGCCGUCCGACAGCGCUGAGUGGCGCCUGAUGAAAGACUACGACCUCCUCUACUGCUUUCGCCGAGACUCCAACAAGGUCCAGAACUACCUGAAGAUCCUGAAGUGUCGCAUCGUCCCGGAGCACGGCUGCUGAAAGGCCCGAGACCAGAGGAGGCCUGUGUUCAACUUCCAGAAAUAUCAAUCACACAUGGGAAUGGAAACACUUCAGUUAGAAACUACACGAUUAAAGCUGUAGCUUUUGUUGUGUUUUGUAUGGGAUGUUAACUGAUGCAAACAUACAGUAUGUUCAUGAAGUGCUACUGGAAGCCAAAGACUCUAUCUACUGCUACUGCUUACUGCUCUACUCCUUCCACUCCUGAUAUUAUAUAGAGUGUGGUUGAGUAUGGACAGGAUGGAAUAAGUGUUAUACAUGUUAUUAUAGAUUGUUGUAGGAUGCAUAUCAUGUUUAAAUAUAGUAAUAUCAUAUAAAGUAUUCAGAAACAUGGAUGCAAUGUUUUUUUUUUGUCAUUUCUACAGAGAAGAUUAUGAAGGAAAAGAAAUGUCAUAAAUAUAAAUAAAAAA